AUGACAUUUCCUCAUCAGGAUCCUCUGGCUUGGAAAGUUGCCCUAACAUUUGUCCAUUUAUUAUCUCUGGGAUUGACGAUAGUCAGAAUAAGGCAUAGAUGGCGAACUAAUCGACUCUGGUGGGACGACUAUGUUGUCGGCAUUCCUUGGGCCCUUGUUUUAGUCUGUGCUGCAUUGUUAUGGGCCAAACUCAACUCAAAAGAUACGCCGUGGUAUAUGCCUAAUGCUCAAGGUUUUAUCCAUUCAUAUUGGUUUGACGGUUUCAUCUUUUUGACAAUUACUUGGUUCAGUCGUAUUAGCCUUACUCUCUCUGUCGCCAGACUCUUCAUGCCAAGUCAUCCAUACAGGAUAUAUGGUUACGCCCUUGUCGUAGUGCUAUUCUUGAUGUAUCUCACCAGCAUCCUUUUCACCUCGCUUUCAUGUCCUGGUUCUCCUUGGUGGAAAAUUGACGCUUCUCGCUGCCUCUCAAAUCCAAUUAGAACAGGCGGUGUCGUUAUUGGAAUUAUAUGGAUAACCAUUGAUUUCAUAGCAGACGUAAUUCUCGUAAUUACGCCCUUAUUAAUGUUUUGGAGGGUCAGGUUCCCAAAGCCAAGAGACCGUUCUCUUAUUCUUGCGCUUUUUGCUGGCAAUAUCUUGACCAUGUUCACCUCCGUGCUCAUUUGUAUGAUCUGGCUUUCGCACGGUCUCAUAGGACCUGAAGCAGCAAUACUUUUCAAGAUGGUGGGAGAAUUACACGCAACAUUGGCAUUACUUGUGACCAACUUGCAGAUAGCGAGCAUGGUCAUAUAUAGAAAAUUCCGAGACACUACAGACAAAUCCCAAACUCGAAGGCACAACGCUCAGCCAAUCGCCGUCGACGUUGCAAAUACACCGCCAGAACCUAUGACUUUGACGACGCCAACAGGAGCACCUUCCGAACAGAUUGAAAACCCGGACGUCCAAUCAUCAUCCACUUCUUUGAGCGAAGCUCCCUCAUCACAGAAGUGCAACUUCCAGCUUUCCAGUCAAGCCCAACCUCUGUUCCCCCCAAAACAAAGUUCUGCAAUAAAGAGUGAAAUUAAAUGGCAAUACCACAUCAAAACCAAGAAGCCUGGCAAACUUCGCACCCUAGACGUUCUAAGACGCUCAAUUUUAUCUGACUUGUUCUUUCGACUAGUUUCGAUUACAGUCAUACACUGUCUAGCCCUCGGUUUGGCAUUAAUCAGGUUAACACAUCGAUGGCGGACCCGACGUCUCUGGUGGGAUGAUUACGUGGUUAUUAUUCCUUGGGUCUUCGACCUAUUCUCCCUUGUAAUUCUGUGUGUUCAAUACAGUAGCAACAAAGGCUGGUGGUAUAAACCCGAUCUCUCGAGAUUCAUUUUCUCCGGAUGGUUUGCUACGUUCAGGUACCUUACGGUUAUAUGGUUCUGUCAUAUAAGCCUUGCACUGUCUUUGGUCAGGGUGUUCUUACCGGGCCAUUGGUACAAAAAAGCCGCAUUCAUAUUCGUCAUUGUUCUAUUUCUCCUAUAUCUCUUAAGUGUCUCCAUCAGCACAUUUCUAUGUCGAGGCUCUCCGUGGUGGACAGUCAACUAUGACCGUUGUCGCAAGUUAUCGGUGAGACAGAUUGUGCCGCUUGCAUUGUCCAUAUCCUCUGACCUCAUAGCUAACGCUGUUCUUAUAAUUUGGCCUCUAUUAAUAUUUUGGAGGGCCAGAUUUUCAAACCCGAGUGACCGCAUUCUUGUUUUGGCUCUCUUCGCCAGUGGAGUUUUGACUAUGAUGGCUCUUGGAAUUUUCUCUAUUACCUGGUUGGCGGCAGAUAAAUUCGGGCCAGAUGUAAGACUGCUCUUCAAGAUGACUACGCAUUUGCACCAAGCAAUAUCACUUCUCGUAAUUAAUCUGCAGAUCGUAUCCAUGAUGGUGUAUCGAAAAUUCAGAAGUAGUCGGGACCGCUUUCGUCGACAUAGACGUCCCAGAGAGAGGCCAUUGGAAGUACCCGAUGUUAUCCACCAGAGUACGCUGUCGAUCAUUUCGGACUAUCCCACAUCUUUGCCAUCAUACACAGUUACGGUAGCACCUUCGACAUCUCUGACAAGUUCAUCAUCGGAACAGAGUUCAUCGGAACAGAGUGGAUCAGCCUCCGUUCCCCAGUCCACUACCUCCACAUCAUGCAAUGUCCUUUCAUCUGAACUCGUAACAACAUCCGUUCCCGAGUCUGUAUCUGCAGUGAGCAGUGUAGUCUCAUCGCAACCGGAACGCGGGCUUAGUUCUACUCUGUAG